AUGGACGUAAAUAAUAUUUUAAAUUUAAAUGAGUAGAGACGCAGCUUGGCGCCCAGCCAACGACUAGGAGUGCGCAUCAAAUCAAAGGAUGCAUUCACCCCGCCACUACAAAAGAAAAACAAACGUGUGUGCCAAAUAGAACUGCAGAAACGCCAAAGCGCAUUGCGGGAUGCCACCAACAUUGUGGAGCUGCCGCUGCCGAUACGUUUUACGGCGAAUAGCGACUAUGAGCAGGCCAUUGCCAAGGUGCUAGCGCGCAAGUUCAAAGUUCCUAUUGCUAACUAUGUUCCAGAUUACGGUGGAAAUCGUACGUUGGGCGUGCGUCGUUCCAUAGUACGGCGGGCAUUGCACGAUCCACAAGCGUGCAAUGCACUGGUUCUGUAUACGCCACCCGCUUACACGGAGCACGAGCGCAUGUCGCUGGAUCCCAGCAAGCUACAGGUGCAUGUCGUUGUGGAUCCAAUCCUUAGUAACGUGCUGCGUCCGCACCAGCGUGAAGGCGUGCGCUUCAUGUAUGAAUGUGUAGAGGGCAAACGAGGUAAUUUUAACGGUUGCAUAAUGGCUGAUGAGAUGGGGCUGGGCAAGACGCUGCAGUGCGUCACAUUAACGUGGACGCUGUUGCGCCAGAGUCCCGAUUGCAAGCCAACAAUCUCGAAGGCCAUAGUGGUGUCGCCCUCAUCACUGGUCAAAAACUGGGAGAAGGAGUUCACAAAGUGGUUGCACGGCCGUAUGCACUGUCUGGCAAUGGAGGGCGGCUCCAAGGAGGACACAACCCGCACUCUAGAACAGUUUGCCAUGAAUACGGCGACGCGCUGUGGCACACCCGUGCUGCUGAUCAGUUACGAAACAUUUAGGCUCUAUUCACACAUACUUUGCAAAACGGAGGUGGGCAUGGUCAUCUGCGACGAAGGCCAUCGGCUUAAAAACAGCGACAAUCUAACAUACCAGGCGCUAAUGGGCCUCAAGACCAAACGACGCGUUCUGCUCUCCGGCACGCCGAUACAAAACGAUCUGACCGAGUAUUUCAGUUUGGUAAACUUUGUCAAUCCGGAAAUGCUGGGCACAGGCUCUGAUUUCAAACGGAACUUCGAGAAUGCCAUUCUGCGUGGUCAAAAUGCCGACUCCACAGACGCAGAACGCGAACGUGCAUUACAGAAGACACAGGAGUUGGUUGGGCUAGUUAACCAAUGCAUUAUACGUCGCACGAAUCAAAUCCUAACCAAAUAUCUGCCCGUCAAAUUUGAAAUGGUCGUCUGUGCCAAGCUUACGACAGUACAGCUGCAACUCUAUACGAACUUCCUUAAAUCGGAUCAAGUGCGUCGAAGUCUGGCAGAUUGCACUGACAAGACAACGUUGACGGCGUUAGCGGACAUAACUACGUUGAAGAAGCUAUGCAAUCAUCCUGAUCUGAUCUACGAGAAAAUAGCGGCACGGGAAAAAGGUUUCGAAAACUCACAGAAUGUUUUGCCGCCCAACUACAAGCCAAAAGACGUCAAUCCGGAGCUGAGUGGAAAGUUCAUGUUGCUUGACUUUAUGCUGGCUGCCAUACGGGCCAACAGCGAUGACAAGGUGGUUCUCAUUUCGAACUACACGCAGACGCUGGAUCUAUUCGAGCAGCUGGCGCGUAAACGCAAAUACAGUUAUGUACGCUUGGAUGGCACCAUGACGAUCAAGAAGCGGUCCAAGGUUGUGGACAGAUUCAAUGAUCCCGCCACCGACUGCUUUCUCUUUAUGCUCAGCAGCAAAGCAGGUGGCUGCGGCUUAAAUUUAAUAGGCGCAAAUCGUUUGUUCAUGUUUGACCCUGACUGGAAUCCGGCAAACGAUGAGCAAGCAAUGGCUAGAGUCUGGCGUGACGGACAAAAGAAACCGUGCUACAUCUAUCGCCUGGUGGCGAGUGGCUCAAUUGAGGAGAAAAUUCUACAGCGGCAGACACAUAAGAAAUCGUUGUCUAGCUCAAUUAUAGAUAACAACGAUUCGGCAGAAAAGCAUUUCACACGAGACGACCUUAAGGAUUUGUUUAGGUUUGAGGCCAACGUACUAUCCGACACCCACAACAAACUUAAGUGCAAGCGCUGUUUCCAAGAUGUGCAAAGACAGCCGCCACCGGAGAACUCGGACUGCACCUCGCAUCUGUCGCAGUGGUUCCACUGCUCCAAUAAUCGCGGCCUGCCUGACAGCAUUUUGUCACAGGCUUGGACGGCGAGUAAAUGUGUCUCCUUUGUGUUUCAUCACCGCUCGCAGGGAGACGCGAAACAACCAACCCGCACAACGGAGGACAAUCAUUCGGAACAGCAGGAGCUAAAUUCUAAUCGUAAUGCCAAUAAGGUGCUGGCAAGUGAUGAUGAUGAGGACUUUGACCCAAAUAGUAGUGAUGAAAAAUUUUUGGGUUUUUAG